AAUUUCGAUUUCGAGAUUUCGAGUUCCUGCUGAUUCGUAAUUUUAAAUAUUCUUUCAUCGAAAAUGUCUAUUUUUAAUUGCAUAUUUCUAAAGUUCUAAUAACAUUUUAACCUGCAGAGUGCAGAAAACGGUUUCUGAUAAACCUGACUUUAAUUUUGUAUUUCCAAGAUGCUUUUGGUCAUCCAUAACCUGCCGUAUCAUAUGCGAUUUUGCGACGUGAAAGCUUUCAUAGAGGAAAAAUGUGGUUUGAAGGAGGUGAUAUUGGACAAAUUUGCAAAUGAAGGUCUCAACAAACGUGUUACCGUCGGCCUAGCAGAUGAGGGGGACGCCGCAUUGUUGGUCAGACGACUCAACGGGUUGUUUGUAGACGGAUAUCAACUGUAUGUGGAAGAUGUACGCCAGUCGAAGAGCUCUGAACAACCCUACCGUCCACCAGAAAACCCCCAUGUUCAAAAAGUUAUGCCAACACAACCAGCCCAGUAUGAGCAGCCGUCACAAACAGCAAGUGCAUCCAUGUCUAGCAUGAUGGCCAUGCCAUUGGCGUACAGCAAUCUGCCAUUUUACAUGUCUCCUGUACAGAGCACAUAUACAGGCUACGACAAUCAAGCUUCACAAAUGCUGUAUAACCCUCAAAAGCAACCAUUCUACCAGACUCAUCAACAACCUAGAGUAGAAAACCAAUGGAACCCACAACCGGCAUAUGCCAAUUACCCGGAACAGUCUCAGCGCUCACCUGUCGCUGAUCGGGGCUCCUCUGAAGGUCCCGGACCGCAAUGGGGAGAGAAACGAGAUGCUCGUAUGUCCCCUAUGCGGAACGAACAGACCCAAUUCGAUUGGCAUGACAGAGAUCGAACUGAAUCCUCUAGAAGCGAUCGAGGCUAUCGGCGAUCUCCUGAUCGAGAACAGGACAGAUCUGCUGAUAGAUCCUCACGAUCAGACAAGUCUAGACGGAACGAGUUCGAUAGAAAAGCGAAACAUGACCGUCGUGAUCGCUCGCCUCGAUAUCGCGACGAGGGCAAUGGCGGUCAUCGCAACGACCGCACAAGGCACCAACAUUCCUCAUACAUAGAACGAUCUCCUCCGCGUGACCGAGACUUCGGAAGAAGUAGACGCGGUGAAGAGCGGCCACAUUUCGAUGAUCGCGGACGUAAUUACGAUAGAAGUGGUCGCCGUGAACGAGGUGGCGAGAUAAGACGUGGUGCGGACAAAUUCCGUGAUGACGGCAAAUUCCGUGAUGAUGACAAAUUCCGUGAUGACGACAAAUUCCGUGAUGACGACAAAUUCCGUGAUUACGACAAAUUCCGUGAUGACGACAGAUACGAGCCACGCGAUACUAGACGCGGUGACCAGGCUUACGAUCAGCGUAUAUCGGGUAAGAAGAGACCCUAUUCAGAAAUUUCCCCGUCAACUAAAUACGAUUCUAAUAAAUCCAGGGAUGGUAAAUUUUGGGACAAAGAAAAAGUUGAAGAACGUGGAUUCGAUCGCAAUGAUUUCUAUGAACGUUCACGAUCGAAACGGGAGAACGACGAUGCCGGCGAGUCUAAAAUAAAUAACUCAAAACCAGACAAAGCUUUGGAGGCAGCGACAAUGAAGGCCAUGAUGAAAAGACAUAACGGCUGGCGUUACCAGGUCGCUGCCACGCUGGCGAAUGAAGUUAUAGCAAGUAGAAACAAGGUUCAUCAGAGCAGCAUUGAGAACUAUUUUGCCUUAAUAAAAAAGAUGAAAGCGUGCAUCGUGGCCCGCAUAGACGUCCUCUUGGGAGAUACGAUUUGUUCCUCGAUAAAGGAAAUGAGAGAUGCGUAUCGUAUGAAAUUCACUUCCGAAGAUGAUCUUCCGUUCUUCAACGCAGUCUUCGAGAAGGUUAAAUAUGAUAAUCAAGACAAUGCAACGGCAGGUGACAGUCAGGAUGAUGCACCCCCAAGCAAAAGCGGUAUGAUGCCGCCUCCAGCGCUGCCCAGCAAAUUACCGAGCGCUGCGAAUCCACGUCCAGCAAAUCCGCCAUUCCAGAACAGGGCAUCAAACCCUACUCAAUUCCAGCCUCCUCAAAACCUCAAUCCAACACCACAGUUCCCUCCUAAUCCAAAUCCAUAUUUCCAAAAUGUAGGACAGACUGUUGUUCCGAGAUUCCAGAACAGAGCACCGACCUCAACUCCCCAAUUCCAGAACAGAGCACCGACUUCAACUCCCCAAUUCCAGAACAGAGCACCGACCUCAACUCCCCAAUUCCAGAACAGAGCUCCGAUCCCAAUUUCCCAAUUGCAGCACAGAGGGCCGACAUCAACUCCCCAAUUCCGGAACCAACAGCCGUCAACUUCUCACUUGCUUUCCACGCCACCUGCCCGCUUCAGGCUACCGGUGCCACCCGCAAAGCCACCCAAGCCAGUUACCCAGCCACCCAAACCAACGAAGGAAACUCCGACCAUCUUCACAACAAAGAAAGGCAUUCCUGUAUUCAAUGUCAAUCUAAUGAAGAAUAAUAAAGUGUUUGCUACAAAGCAAGUAAAGAAAUCUAAAAUGUUGCAUAAGAUGGAAUUCAGAGAUGAGGUGGUGUAUGAGACGGACCCCCUGGUGAAGCAGGCUAUAGAAGAUGAGGUCAACACAAUGCUGGAAUUGUACACGGCUCGCCAUGAGAAACACUUGAAGAAAUCGGAAUUUAAAGUCUACAAGAAAAUUGUCGAAGAAACAACGCCUCUUUUUAAAAAGGUAAUGACCCUGAACUUGACGAAGCGCAUCCUCAACAUCACCACGGGCCUCAUCCUGCGCGUGUUCCCCGAGGGCAACAAGUGGCCCAACGCAGAGACCUUCAGGAACUACAUGGUACAAGAGGGCGUCGUCCACGUGAAGAAGGCCCCGAAGAUGUACGUAAUCACGUGCGGCAGCUUCAAGUGUUACGACAAACUGGCGGCGGCGGAGUCCAUCACUGUUGAUAAUUGCAAGAUGAGUGUAAAAGUGAUGCACGUGGCGGGCCCGAGGCUGAGCAUCAGGGAGAAGCUGCGCGCGUCUAAGUUCAAGAUGACGCAGGAGGCGCGCCGCGCUGAGCUCGGCGAUGGGAAUGGUGCAGAUAAUGUAGUCCAGGAGGGAAGCACUAGUGAUCAGGACGUGAUGAUUGUCGAUAAAGAAGACAAUGUCGUUCAGAUCGAUGAUGAUGAUGGUGAUCAGUCGGGUAAUGUUGCAGCAACCAGAAGCACCGAAGUGGCGAUUUGCUCGCCGGAGGAGGCUUCGCUGCGGCGGCGCAUCGGAUGGCUGCUGAAGGUCGCCCAGAGGUCAGGCAUGGCCGACGACUGGGCCGCGUACUCUGACGCCAGAGUAGAGUUCUUUUGGUUAUUCGAUAAGGAUAAUAAAUUUGAUGACGACUUUGAGGAUGAGAAUGACAAGGAGUAUAAAAAUUACGAGUAUCAGAAUGACAAUAAUAAGAUGGGCAAGAAUGAUAAGGAUAAAAAUGUAAUGGACAAGAAUGAUGAGGAUAAGAAUGGAAUGGACAAGAAUGACGAGAAUAAAGGAGCUGUAGUAAAGAAGAAGAGGAAAAAGAAAAAACGCAGAAAGGCGAGUCUGUUAAGUACCAGUCAUGACCAGGUAAAGAAUGACGAGGACAAGAAUGUCGAGGGACAGAAUGACGAGGACAAAAAUGACAAGGAUAAGAAUGAAAUGGACAAUAAUGAUGAGGAUAAAAAUGUAAUAGACAAGAAUGAGGAAGCUAUAGUAAAGAAGAAUCGCAAAAAUGCGAGUCUGUUAAAACAUGACGAGGAAAAGAAUGACGAGGACAAAAAUGACAAGGGUAAAAGUGAGAUGGACAACAAUGAUGAGGAUAAUAAUGAAAUGGCCAAGAAAGACCAGAAUAAGGGAGACAUAGUAAAGAAGAAGAAGAAGAAAAAGAAAAAACGCAAAAAUGCUAUCGGAAAAGGUCCGAUAAAGUCGGGUGAUGAUGAAAAAAAUGUUGAGUCAUCUGAGAAACAAGCCGAAACAACUGAACACGAUGGUGAAACAGAACAGAAUGUCUCUGCUUCAGAACAGGAAGGCGUAAAAGAUGGUGACAAUGAUGAAACAGAAGAAGAUACAAAUGAACAGAAGGAUGAAACUUCAGAAAAAGAUGAUGUAGUCCAGGAGGGAAGAACAAGUGAUCAGGCGGAUGUCGUGAUUGUCGAUAAAGAAGACAAUGUCGUUAAGGUCGAUGAUGAUGGUGAUCAGUCGGGUAAUGUUGCAGCGACCAAGAGCACCUUAGUGAGCAACCCGAUGGUGAUUCGCUCGCAAAAUGAGGCGUUAAUAGGGCGGCAUCUCAAGACACUGUUCAAGACCGCCAAGAAGUCAGGCCUGCCCGACGACUGGGCCGCCUAUACUAAGGCCAAAAACAAGCUCAUGCCAUAUUUCUUUAAGGGUGAAUCAGCGAAUCGGUUAAAACAUGGCGACGAAAAGAAUGACGAAGACAAGAAUGUCGAGGGCAAUAAUGUCGAAAACAAGGAUAACGAGGACAAGAAUGACGAGGAUAAGAAUUUCGAAGGCAAGAAUGACGAGGAUAAGAAUUUCAAGGGCAAGAGUGAUGAGGGUAUGAAUGACGAGGACAAGAAUUUCAAGGGCAUGCAUGGCGAGGGCAAGAAUGACGAGGAUAAAAAUGACAAGACUGAGGGAGUUGUAAAGAGGAAAAGACGCAGAGGUCCAAAGCGCCUUGAUGGCAGUAGGGUGCACUUACCAAAAUAUAAACCUGCACUUUUACCCACAAAUGUUGACGACAAAGAUCUGAUAAAGUUGAUCAGGCAACUCGCAGCUGAUGAUGAAACUAAUGUUGAGUCAUCUGAGAAACAAGCCGAUACAACUGAACGCGAUGGUGAAACAGAACAGAAUGUCUCUGCCUCAGAACAGGGAGCCGUAACAGCUGGUGACAAUGAUAAAACAUUAGAAACAAAAGAUGAAACAACUGAACAGAAGGAUGAAACUUUAGAAAAAGAUAAAACAGAUCAAAAUGCAACAUCGGAAGGAGAAAUAACUGAAAAUAAUGUCGCAACUUUGGAUAAUGAAGGUGAAAUAACUGAGCAGAAUAUUGAAGAUGAAUCAUCCAAUCAGAAUGUCGAAACUUCGGAAACAUCGCAAACUGAUUUCAAUAUGGCUGAAGAUAAUAUGGAGUCAAAUGUAAUCGAUGAUAUAGCUGAUGAUGAUUUAGAAGAUUUCUAAGUAUUAUAGGUUUUAAUGAUAAGCAUUUAGAAAGGAAAAAAUGGGAUUUUCCAUAAAAGACAUUCCCGUACAUUUUUUUAGUUUUCGAAGCGUUACA